UUGCGGGCGGUGACUAUUGCCGGACGGCGGACCAUUCGGCUGCAAUUCCGUUCUGGGCCCGACUUUGAUGGCCUAAUUGGGGUUGUGGAGGAGACCAAAGGACAAUUUGGUGUGUUGAGGAAACUGAACCACAAGUUUGCUGAGAUUAUCCUGGGCACGGUAUUGCAGCUAAUUAUAGGGUCGCCGACGAUGCUUCCGGCGGUGGAUGUGCAAAGCUGGUUGCGCGUCGGUGGGGCUGUGGCUGUUAAGGGCGAAGAUGAAGUAACCGAGAAAGAGAAAAACGACGAAAAUGAAUUUACCGAUGAACAGAAAAAGGACGAGCAAGAUGACAGUUGA